AUGAUGGCCGAGGAUGGGGGACAUCUCUCCGGGAUCCCCGACGCCAGGGACUCGGAGGGUCGCUCCUCUUUGCCGAGGACUUUCAUCCGGCUCAACGACCUGUCCGGCGUCGGGGCAGGAGGAGGGGAGCGCGGCGAAGCGGAAGCGACGGAGCCGGCGGCCCCGGCGGCCGACGGGAUCUCCACCACCGGGGAUGAAGCGUCGGCGAGCGGCGACGAGAGCCUGCCCUACCCGACCAUGGCCCCCGUGGUCUUCCUCUACCUGAAACAAACCACCCGGCCCCGCAGCUGGUGUCUCCAGAUGGUCAGCAACCCGUGGUUCGAGCGGGCGUCCAUGUUGGUGAUCCUGCUGAACUGUGUGACGCUGGGCAUGUUUCAUCCGUGCGAGGACAUCAUCUGCGAAUCUGAGAGGUGCAAGAUCCUGCAGAAAUUCGAUGACUUCAUCUUCGCGUUCUUUGCCGUUGAGAUGGUCAUCAAGAUGGUGGCCCUGGGGAUCUUUGGCAAGAAGUGUUACCUCGGAGACACGUGGAACCGCUUGGACUUCUUCAUAGUGGUGGCGGGGAUGCUGGAGUACUCGCUCAACCUGCAGAACGUCAGUUUUUCCGCGGUGCGGACGGUGCGCGUGCUGAGACCUCUGAGAGCCAUCAACCGAGUGCCGAGUAUGCGCAUCCUGGUGACUCUGCUGCUGGACACCCUGCCCAUGCUGGGCAACGUGCUGCUGCUCUGCUUCUUCGUCUUCUUCAUCUUCGGCAUCGUGGGCGUCCAGCUGUGGGCCGGCCUGCUCCGGAACCGCUGCUUCCUCGGCAACUUCUCCUUGUGAAAAUACUACCACACCAAAAACGAGGACGAGAACCCCUUCAUCUGCUCCGAGCCCGGAGAUAACGGCAUGAGGGACUGCGGCUCGGUGCCCAAGGUGUACGAGGAAGGAGGCCUGCAGUGCACCCUGAGCUCGGACUUUUACAACAGCACCGACAACACCACCUGCGUCAACUGGAACCAGUACUACAACAACUGCACCGCUGGUCUGGUCAACCCCUUCAAGGGAGCCAUCAACUUCGACAACAUCUGCUACGCGUGGAUCGCCAUCUUUCAGGUGAUCACUCUGGAGGGCUGGGUGGACAUCAUGUACUUUGUGAUGGAUGCACACUCCUUCUACAACUUCAUCUACUUCAUCCUACUCAUCAUUAUUGGCUCAUUCUUCAUGAUCAACCUGUGCCUGGUGGUCAUCGCCACGCAGUUCUCGGAGACCAAGCAGAGGGAGAGUCAGCUGAUGAAGGAGCAACGGGUGCGCUUCAUGUCCAACGCCAGCACCCUAGCCUCCCUCUCCGAGCCGGGCUCCUGCUACGACGAGCUGCUCAAGUACCUGGUUCACAUCGUCAACAAGGGGGCCAGACAAGCGGCCCGGAUCUUCAGGCUGUUGGCCCGCCGCGCCGGCUUCAAUAUUGCCGCCUCGCCCCCGCCCACGGAGCCCCAACGCAGCCAGAGAAGGAGGAGGAAGUCCUCCAGGCAGGGAUCUGUGUCGGUUCAUCAAAUGGCGCGCCACCACCACCACCAUCACCACCACUACCACCUGGGUAAUGGCAGCGUGAGGGGCGCAGGGGGCACACGGUGUAUGGAGGGUCAGGAUUUCGAGGCCGGUGAACAUAACAACAACGGAGGGGCCCUCGUGGCAACCACUGGCACCGGGCAUCUCGCUUUAGCAGCGCCGCCUCCGAUGACAGCAGCCUGCUCCGACACAAACCUGGCGGUUUUGUCCCAACUUUCUGAGGGAGCUGCCAAUGCAUCUUCAGUUCGCAGUGGAUUCCACACAGAAACUCUCCGCUGCGGCCCCUCGCCCACAAACACGGGUCCGACACCAGGCCCCUCCUCCUUUGGCUCAGCUCCCGUGUCUCGCGCAAUGAAGAGGAACUCUGUACCUUUUGCUGCUCCAGGGCCGAAGAACUACCCCACUCUGCAGACCCGACGAGGGAGUGCUGCCGCCGGCACUCUGACCAACAUCAGCUUCAACCUGAACAUCCCACCCAUGUCCCUGGAGAGACGGCCAUCAAGCCUGGUGGAAACGCACACUCCUGCAGCCCAGCUCUCCUGCCAGCUGUCGGCCCGUGACCUCAGCAGCACCAGCAGUGCCAUGUACACGGCCGCGAUGACAUUGGCCCCUGAGAGUUGCCCCUACUGCGCCAAGGCCCUGGCCAACGAGUCGGAGGGCAACGAGACCCCCGGGGACUCCGACAGCGAUGGCAUAUACGAGUUCACCCAGGACCUCCACCACAAGGACAGGAGAGACAGCCGGCAGCCCAAGAAGCAGCGCUGCAGUCUGGGGAAAGCGGCAGCGAAGGUGGUGCACUUCUGGAGGCUCGUGUGCGACACGUUCAGGAAGAUCGUGGACAGCAAGUACUUCGGACGAGGGAUUAUGAUCGCCAUUCUGAUCAAUACGCUGAGCAUGGGGAUCGAGUUCCAUGAGCAGCCCGAGGAGUUGACCAACGCGCUGGAGAUCAGCAACAUCGUGUUCACCAGCCUGUUCGCUCUGGAGAUGCUGCUGAAGGUUUUGGUUUACGGGCCCUUCGGCUACAUCAAGAACCCCUACAACAUCUUCGAUGGCAUCAUCGUGGUCAUCAGUGUGUGGGAGAUCGUGGGUCAGCAGCACGGCGGUCUGUCGGUGCUGAGGACCUUCCGGCUGAUGCGGGUGCUGAAGCUGGUCCGCUUCAUGCCGGCCCUGCAGAGGCAGCUGGUGGUGCUGAUGAAGACCAUGGACAACGUGGCCACCUUCUGCAUGCUGCUCAUGCUCUUCAUUUUCAUAUUCAGUAUCCUGGGGAUGCAUCUGUUUGGUUGCAAGUUUGGAUGCGAGGGGCAGAGUGGAGACACUCAGCCGGACAGGAAGAACUUUGACUCCCUCCUUUGGGCCAUAGUGACCGUCUUCCAGAUCCUGACCCAGGAGGACUGGAAUAAGGUGCUAUACAACGGCAUGGCCUCCACCACUCCCGUGGCCGCCCUUUACUUCAUCGCGCUCAUGACCUUUGGCAACUAUGUCCUCUUCAACUUGCUGGUGGCCAUCUUGGUGGAGGGUUUCCAGACCGAGGAAGUGUCCAAGCGGGAGGACGUGCAUGUCCAGCUGAGCCUUAUCCAGCUGCCCGUAGACUCCGGGGGCGAUGCCUCUAAAUCGGGCUCGGAGAUCGAUUCCUGUGCACGAAGCAUGGAGGACGUCAAUGGCAGCAAGAAGGAUUUAUCGGCCUCUGCAGUAGUGCCUGUAAAUGGUCAUGUGGACCUGAAGACCAGCCUGACUCCACCUCUGAUUACCCACACGGCUGCCACCCCCAUGCCCGUACCCAAGUUGCCCGUUGGAGGGGACCCCGUUCUGGGCUACGAGUCCCGUCGAGGCAGCAACGUCUCCAUGGACCCGGCCUGCUACGACAAAACCCCGACCAGCGCCCAGAGCUCCUCACCCAACGCCCCAUGGAGUACUGGCAGCGGCUGGACCAGCCGACGGUCCAGCUGGAACAGUCUGGGUCGCGCCCCGUCACUCAAACGCCAGAAGCGGCAGUCCGGGGAGCGGCGGUCUCUCCUCUCCGGGGAGGGCGGCUCCAGCUCGGACGAAGGCAGGGAAGAAGAAGACGGUGGGUUGAUGGAGGAAGAUGACCCCUCGCUGAUUAGGACGGACUCCAUGUCCCAGUCGCAGAGAGGCACCCGACACCGGAGGAUGGAGUCGGUAGAGACUCGGAGCUCCAUGGAUUUGCCCCCUGAUGCUCUGCUGCAGGUGCCCUACCUGUACCGCUCAGCCAGUAUGCACAGCUCCAGACCCCCGUCACUGGGCCACCUCCUGCCCCCAGAGCACAGCGGCUGCAAUGGGAAGGGCUCUCCGUCAUCCCCGGGCCCCACUCACGUCUCUCUGGAGGACAACACGGAAGACGAAAAUGCGGAGGAGGAGGCCAACCUGGGUCGUUUUUCCAGAGUGUUCCACUGGCUGGAGAAGACGCAGCCCGAGUGGUGUCGACAGAGGGACACCUGGUCACUUUACCUCUUCCCUCCAGAGUCCAGGUUUCGGAUCGUGUGCAACCGGAUCAUCAACCACAAGAUGUUUGACCAUAUUGUGUUGAUCAUCAUCUUCCUCAACUGCAUCACCAUCGCCAUGGAGAGGCCUCACAUCACCAUCGAGCGGAUCUUCCUGAAGCUGUCCAACUACAUCUUCACGGCGAUCUUUGUGGCUGAGAUGGCUAUAAAGAUCGUGGGGUUGGGCUGGUGUUUCGGGGACAAGUCUUACCUGAGGAGCAGCUGGAACAUUCUGGAUGGGAUGCUGGUGAUGAUCUCCGUUAUCGACAUCCUGGUGUCUCUCAUCUCCAACUCGGGGACCAAGAUCUUGGGCAUGCUCAGAGUGUUGCGGCUGCUGAGGACCCUGAGGCCACUACGUGUGAUCAGCAGAGCCCCGGGGCUGAAGCUGGUGGUGGAGACCCUGAUGUCGUCUCUGAAGCCCAUCGGCAACAUCGUGGUCAUCUGCUGCGCCUUCUUCAUUAUCUUCGGCAUCCUGGGAGUGCAGCUCUUCAAAGGGAAGUUCUUCGUUUGCGUAGGAGACGAACUUAUGAACAUCACCAACAAGUCCGACUGUUUGCUGAACAAAAACAAAUGGGAGAGACACAAGUACAACUUUGACAACCUGGGACAGGCCUUGAUGUCUCUGUUUGUUCUGGCGUCAAAAGAUGGCUGGGUGGACAUUAUGUAUAACGGACUAGACGCUGUAGGAGUUGACCAACAGCCCUCAAAGAACCACAACCCGUGGAUGCUGCUCUACUUCAUCUCCUUCCUGCUGAUCGUUGCCUUCUUCGUGCUCAACAUGUUCGUGGGCGUCGUGGUGGAGAACUUCCACAAGUGCCGGCGCCACCAGGAGGCCGCCGAGGCCAAGCGCAGGGAGGAAAAGAGACUGAAACGCAUGGAGAAAAAGAGACGGAAUUUAUUGGUUCCGGGGGUGAGUUGGGCCCUCUCUGAAGGCACAUUGAAAGAAGCUCAGAGUAAGCCCUACUACUCAGAUUACUCCCCCACUCGCCUGCUCAUCCACAAGAUGUGCACCAGCCACUACCUGGACCUGUUCAUCACCAUCAUCAUAGGGCUCAACGUCAUCACCAUGUCCAUGGAGCACUACCAGCAGCCCAAGGAGUUGAAAAAGGCAUUGACGAUCUGUAACUACAUCUUCACCGUCAUCUUUGUCCUGGAGUCGGUCUUGAAGUUGGUGGCCUUCGGCUUCCGACGCUUCUUCAAGGACAAGUGGAACCAGCUGGAUCUGGCCAUCGUGCUGCUGUCCAUCAUGGGCAUCACUCUGGAGGAGAUUGAUGGCAACGCGCUGCCCAUCAACCCCACCAUCAUCCGCAUCAUGAGAGUGCUGAGGAUAGCACGAGUGUUGAAGCUCUUGAAGAUGGCGGUGGGGAUGAGAGCUUUGCUGGACACCGUUAUGCAAGCCCUGCCUCAGGUGGGGAACCUGGGUCUCCUCUUCAUGCUUCUCUUCUUUAUUUUCGCAGCGCUGGGUGUGGAGCUGUUUGGCGACUUGAUCUGCGAUGAAUUACAUCCAUGUGAAGGUCUGGGGCGCUAUGCGACGUUCAAAAACUUUGGGAUGGCAUUUCUGCUGCUCUUCAGAGUUUCCACCGGAGACAACUGGAACGGCAUAAUGAAGGACACACUGAGGAACUGCGGCCAGAACAGCACCUGCUACAACACCGUGGUCUCGCCCCUCUACUUCGUCUCCUUCGUUUUGACCGCUCAGUUUGUCCUGGUCAACGUGGUCAUUGCUGUGCUGAUGAAGCACCUGGAGGAGAGCAACAAGGAAGCCAAGGAGGAGGCGGAGCUGGAGGCCGAGUUGGCGCUGGAGCGCCAGAUGCAAGGGGGAGGAGACGUGGUGACGAGGUCGCCCCAGCUCAACCCUAUGGCGCUGGGCAUGGACAGGUCGAGCUCAGGGGGUUCCCCCUGGAGGUCCACCAGCGGGGGGGACGGGGACAUGGACCAGGAGAGAGAGUGUUCUACGGACUCGCCCACUGCUGAUAUAACCAGAGACUCUGUAAACAUCGGAGCAGACCCCCCUUCAUGCCUGGAGCCCCCGCUGGAGUUUGUCCAGCGGAGGGCGCCGUUUGACUCGGUCUCCCUGGUCAUGCAGGGUUCAAUGGAGGGAGAGUUGAGCUUGAUGGACAACCUGUCUGGCUCUGUGUGCCACUACUACGCGCUGCCCCCCAAGCCCCCCAAGCCCCGCAGGCACAGCAGCGCCGAGAAGCCGGAGCAGCUGGAUCCUGGGGAGCCGCUGGAGGACAACCUGCUGAGUGUCAGGAAGCCGGUGGUGGGACGCACACACUCCCUGCCCAACGACAGCUACAUGUUCCUCCCCCUGCAGCCCGUUGGCAACGCGGGCCCGGCUCCAGCACAUCCUCUAGCACAGACACAGGAGCCCCAGCACAUACUGGGCACCUACAGGGGCCAAUCAGGUUCCAGCAGCUCAGUGCGUUCCCAACCGGAGGAGCGCUCCCAGCAGCUGAACGUGCCCGCGGACCUCUUCAGACCCAUCAGCCCCCACAGCCACUCCGACUCCGAGUGCAUACCACGACUUCCCCCUCCCAGGCGGGCGCACACGCUCAGCCGGACGCUCCGCAGACAGGUUGCAGUGUCUACUGAUUCUCAAGAGGCCCUGUGUUCAGACAGAGGGGAGAGCAAUGAAGGACUUGUGAAUGUGGCCUCACUGGGCCUCCCUCCGUCCCCCUCCGCCUCUCCCCGCUCCCAUCAUUAUCAGCAGCUUGCUCUCUGCCUGGUCCCCGCCACACCAGGCGCCUCCCCUAAACCCCCCCGCCCGGGCAGCGUGCACACCCAGCUUCAUGACCAGCACUGCCUCGCCUCCCACUCCCCCUCGCCGCGUCCGCUCUUGCCAGCCAGGCCGCACCAACAGGAGGAGGCCUCGGCGGACCAGGAAGUGUCCCUCAUUAUCGAUGGGGUGUUGGCCGGCAGCGGUGGCGUCACGGCAGAGGCGAGUGGCGACGGCGGCGCCGAGGGGAGCCGGAGUGCAAGCCAGAGGCCGCUGAAGAGGUUCCACAGCGCUGACACGCAGGGUCGCAGCCCCCCCCCGCCCCGCCUCCGCCCGUACUCCUGGUUGGACGACCCGAGGUGUCCCUCCGUGGGGGCACGCUCCUCGGUGGAGUCCGGCCCCCAGCGCAGCGCCUCCGGCUUUGUGUCGCGGGCCAACAGCCUGCAGAUCCACAGCCAGACCUCGCCCCGACACAAGAAGAAGAUGAGUCCGCCCUGCAUCUCCGUGGACCCCCCCGACGAACAGGAGGGCCUCUACCCGGGCGUGGGUGGACUCGGGAGCAUGGGGCUUGGGGGAUUAGGGAUGCCCCCUCCUCUGCCCAGCAGGGACACCUGCCUGAGGAGGAGAGCGCCCUCCAGUGACUCCAAGGACUCCUUUGACCUGGGAGUUGGGGAGGGCUCGGGACAGGACGGAAGCCCCCCAAACCCCAACACCAACCCCAAGCUACUGACUCUUCCAGAGAAGACAAGCCCUGAGCACUGAACACUGAUACGGCCACACACAGACACACACAGCUGGAUGAACCCUUCACACACACACACACACACACGAUGCACACUGUGUAUCUGUGAUGGUGAUAGUUCUAGUAAUAAUGCUGUAGAGAGUAAUAAAGGUGAAAAC